GAACAGGAGCCGAGGCGCAGAGAAGCAGAGCUGCUCGGUUUUCUUUCCUCUCCACAAGAACCAGGAGGAGAGAGUCUCUCCUCGCCGCCGGUCGCCGCCGCGAGCCAAGAUCUGCCGCAUCUCCGACGCGUCUGCUCCUGGACCGGACCGGGCCAGAGGUUCCGACCAGGCCGGAUCCAUGGCGCGCGCCGACGGCUCGGGCUACUGCGGCCUCGCCCAGGGUUUCUUGGCUUCUCGGAGCCCUCCGUCCGGUCGAGCCAGGGAUUCUGGGGGCGGAAGGAGGGGGGCCGCGGCGCCGGACGUUGUGGUCAUUAGCUCCGACGAGGAGGAGGAGGAGGGCGACGGAUCUGCCCCCGUGGCCGGGAAGUUGCGUUUUGGUGAAGAAGAAGGGCCGACCGGGGGCUCCAAUCUCGUGGUGGUGAAGAAGGGCAAGUCCGGUGGCGUCGAGGAGGAGGACGACGAUUGCUGGGUCCUAGACGGCGACCCCGAUGGGCCGGUUGCCGUUGUGAAACAGGAGAGGAGGGCGAGCCUUGGUGGCAGCUUGGAUGAAGUGUUCAUAGUUGCAGAGAAAGGCCAGGUAGCGUGCAGGGACUUCCCUCACUCGCGCCAUUUAUGCUCUAGCUUGCCCUUUGGCACUACUUCUCACGUCAGGCAUUGUACCAUGUGCUACUGUUUUGUAUGCGAUGUUCCAGCUCCAUGCAAAUAUUGGGGUAAAGGUCUAUCGACUGAUGAUCAUUGUCAUGGUACGGAUGACGAAAUGAGCUGGAAAAUACUGAGGCAGACAUUCAGGCUCGGGCGUCUGACAACAUCUCUUUCAGAAAAAUGGCAGAAUGCCGUGCACCCACCAAUGGCGCCACCAACACAGCAAGAUGUACAUCAUCAAGUCUCAGCCCCACAGUCACAUCCAUCUUCCAUGCCAGUCUUACCGAAUGCAGGGCAAACUGUCGGUGCAGUAAGAGCAUCUCCUUUGACAAGAGCUGAAAGAGGUAGAGGCAAUGCUCACACCGCUCGGGUCACUCGCACCGCCACCCCUUGCCAACAAGUGCCGUACCAGGAGGAAGAAGACGAAGAGUGCACACCUAACGUGUACGUAGGGAACCUACACUACGACGUUGUCAGCGAGGACCUCACCAAGCUCUUUGAGCAAGCCGGUGUUGUUGAGUUCUCAGAGGUUAUUUACAGCCGAGGAACAGGCCAGAGCCGAGGAUAUGGAUUUGUCACCAUGAGUACUGUUAAGGAGGCUGAGCUGGCUGUGGAGAUGUUCGAUGGCUUUAAAUUGUUUGGGAUGCCUCUUAUUGUGCACAAAGCAGCUCGGAGAGGCGCCCGGGUGGAAACUCCUUCCCAUCAAACCGAGUCCCCAUUCAGAAUCUACGUGGGCAAUCUGUCUUUGCAAGUCGAUGACUCUUGGUUGAAGGAGCUGUUUGGCAAGCACGGCAAAGUGGUCGAUGCUAGAGUCGUCUACAGGCACAGAGGAGGAACCUGGAGCUCUCAGGGAUUCGGUUUUGUCACGAUGGCAACAGAGAAGGAAACGUAUGAUGCUGUUUAUGCCCUCAACAAACAGAUUCUGGAUGGACGUGCCCUGCAGAUUCACUUUGAACCCCUGUAAAUAUUAGUCAGAUCGUGAGCGGUCAAAGGUGCGCUGACGCGGCGGCCACGUGGCCGUUUUUCUUCGUCCGAAUUGCUUUUGGCCUUAAUUGAUCACAUAAAUGAGUUUAUGGCCCAAGUUGACCACUUAGACAACAGGCCUUUUAUCUUCUUUUCUUUUGAGGCCAAUGUGACGGCAAUGUGGCUUAAUUGAUGUUAAAGCCAGGGUAAAAUGCAUGUUGAAAUUUAACAGCAGGUUUGCUGCAUUUGUAGGAACAUUGUUGCAUGUCUCA